AUGAUCACAAUCCCAGAAAAAUUGGGCCUCGGUUGGGAAGAGCAAAUGGCAUUCUUUGCUGACAAUUAUCUGGGGCUUGAAAAUUCCGCCAAGAGCAAAAGAAGUGUGAAGUCCCAAACUUCAGGGUUUCACGAAACCUACAAAGAGGCGAGCGACGAGAUGGUGCGGCAGGGGAACGAGCGGACGACGGGGUCUGAUGGGCGAAGAGCUUGA